AUGGAGAAUCCAACACGCGGCGGAGGAGGGCGGAGGAAAGGUAGUAAGACUAGACGUGUGGAAGCUGUAGUAGACGGUGAAUUGGUGUCGGUGGUGGCUGGUGCUCCAUGUGGGGCGUGCAAGUUUCUUAGGAGGAAAUGUAUAAGUGGAUGUAUAUUUGCUCCUUACUUUGGAAUGGAUCAAGGGGCGGCUAGGUUUGCAGCUGUUCAUAAGGUGUUUGGUGCAAGUAAUGUUUCCAAGUUACUACAACAUAUUCCUGUCAAUCGUAGACAAGAUGCAGCUGUGACAAUAUCUUAUGAGGCACAAGCUAGGCUAUCGGAUCCCAUUUAUGGUUGUGUAUCAACUAUUUUUGCUUUGCAACAACAAGUAAUAAAUCUACAAGCUGAGCUAGCAAUGGUGCAAUCUCAACUAUUAAGUAAUAGAUUUGUAGUUGCAAAUGCUAUUAACAAUUGUCAACAACAACAAUUCCAACAUAAUCAUUUUCACCAACAACAUCAACAACAAGAUCAUUAUAGUUUGGGGCUUCGACUUCUACAACCUGCUUAUUCCAACAAUAAUAACUCAUCCACUUCCAACAACCAACAACCUAGAGCAUUUAACUCCAACUUUGAUUUCAUAGGUGACACCAUGGAUCCAUCUUCCUAUAGCUUUGAUCCCUUGCGACUUUCCCAUCAACUUACAAAUGACGAUGAGGAAGAAGAGGAAGAAUCCAGACGCGGCGGCAUUUGCUAA